AUGUCUCAAAAGCCUCCGGCUGUGGCUGUUUCAUCUACCCCCCAAAGUAAUGGUCCUAUGGUGCCUUUUUCUGGUGAUUCAAUUAAAAAGGAAAUACGCCCAACCACAAAGGCGGAAAGGGGUUCCGUCUCCCAUGAUUCGUACGGACCAUCAAAAUCCAGUGACCAAAAUAGACUUAAAGUCCGGAUAAAAGUUGGCUCUGAUAAUGUUUUGGCAAGAAAUAAUGCGGCUAUCUACAGUGGUCUGGGCCUUGAUAUUUCUUCACCUUCAUCCAUCGAGGAUAGCCCCGAUGGCUGUGGGAGCCUAUCCCCUGAAGUUAACAAUGUGCCACACGAAUCUCCACAAACCAUUCUUCAGAUCAUGACAUGCUUUUCAGUUCCUGGAGGCUUCCUGUUAUCCCCUCUACCAGCCAAUAUAUUGCAAUUGACAAAAAAGGAUGUGGCUUCGUCAAAGAAGUGGGAAUCAAAUGUGGACAUAGAAAAUGUACAAGAACCAUAUGAAGGCCAUGUGGCUAAAAAGGUGAAACCUGAUGCUCUCAACAUAUCAUUGCUAUCUGAUCCCAGAGCUAUGGAUGCAAAGGGUGAGAAUCGACUUGAAGAGGAGCCAGCAGAAAACAACUUCGGCGGAACUAGUGAUGCUCGAUUGAAAGAGCGGUCCACCAAGACUGACUCCAUGACUAUCAAAGUGGAACCUGUCAAAGCAGAGGCGAUGGAAUGCUUAGAGAACAGUAGUUUUGGCAGUUCAGAAAUGGAUUUUUCAGCAGCGAAAGGGGAACCAAAACCCAAGACAGAAAAGGGAGAGACAACUUUAGAAGAGAGGAAUACAACUAAUGACAAAGACCUAAUAUCAGAUAGGAAGCAAGAAAAGAAAAUAAAACCUGAGAGUAAAUGUGAUGCCUUUAACUUUGAAGGUAGCAAUGUUAUAAACGAAAGAGCUCCAGCUGUUUCCCGCAGCAUGGGAAAAGUUUCUGGUAAAGAAACUUUACCUUAUGACACAAAUGGGGAAAAUAACUCGAAGAGUGAGGCUCGCAAAGAUCAAUCAUGCCUAAUUUGGCCGCACCAUAUCUGUCUUAAGUAA